AUGGCACCAACACGCGAUGUGGUGAUUUUAGGUGGUGGAAUAUCGGGUCUUACACUUGCUUACUUUCUGCGUCAAGCUUUACCUAAAGCUGUAGCGAAUCAAACGCAUAUUCGCGUGCUAGAAUCGGCAAAUGUCGCGGGCGGAUGGGUGCGUACGGCAAAACGCAAUGACUUUUUGUUUGAAGAAGGACCUCGAGGCUUUCGUCCUUCACGCAAUGGCGCCGAGAUGCUGCGUCUCGUAGAGCAAUUACAGCUACAGAAUCAGAUGCAGGCAGUGGAUCCAUCGGCUCAGGCACGCUACAUUUUGCGAAAUGGAAAGGUGGAAAAAGUGCCCACAUCGAUAUUGGACGCGUUGCAAUGGCCGCUGACGCUUUCUGUGGCUCGUGCAGCACUGCGUGAGCUGUUUGUCAAGAAAGGUACAAUGCAGGAUGAAAGCAUUUACAAUUUCAUGGCUAGAAGGUUUAGUCCGUUUGUAGCUGAGAGGUUACUGGAUCCCAUGGCGUCGGGCAUCUUUGGUGGCGAUAUCAAAAAGCUCUCAAUACGCUCAUGUUUCCCUAUGCUGGUUGACUUAGAGCGGGAACAUGGAUCAAUUGUGAAGGGAAUGCUCUUUGGAAGCCUAAAUAAGGACGAUUUGCUGCUAGACGGAACUAAGAAAUCAAACUUUGUGAAAGAGCAUGAAAAGUCUAUCAGUGUUAGCUUUGCUGAUGGUAUGAGCACACUAAUAGAUGCGUUAGCAGCCAAUAUUGCAAACGAUCCCAUGGCAGAUCUUCAGCUAAACACAAAGGUGACAAGACUUGAGGUAUAUGGGAAUGACAAGCCACAACGUUUUGUCGUGGAAAGUAAAGAUCUUGUAUCUGGAGAGAUUCAAAAGCCGAUGCGAGCAACACACGUGUUCUCGACACUCCCAGCUUGUCAUUUAGCUCGAGUUGUAAAGGAUACAGCCCCUAACUUAACUGUUGCACUUAACGAAAUACAGUUUGUAGACAUGGGUAUGGUGCACGUUGGAUACAACGAAAAGGUGCUGACGGCCGACGGCUUCGGAUACUUGAUCCCUACUUCAGAGCAUGAGAAGGUGCUUGGUGUUGUCUUUGACUCCAACACUUUUCCUGCGCAGAACCCAAAGGGCAAAACUCAAAGUCGUUUAAGCGUCAUGUGCGGUGGAGCGCACUUCCGUGAAGUCACGUCAUUGUCCAAGCAAAAAUUGGAGCUCUAUGCUUUAGACGCAUUAAAGCGACACCUCGGUAUCACACGUACGCCCGACUACGUUCGUACAUUGACCAUGACCAAUGCAAUUCCACAAUACCACGUAGGGUUUUAUCAAACAGUACAACGCAUCGAAAAGGAAGUCGCUCGCAGCACACCAGGUCUGGUUCUGGGUGGCAACAGCUUCUAUGGUAUCGGAUUGGCAGACUGUGUGACUCACUCAAAGCGACUUGCGCUACAAUUUGCUAAAAGAGUUUAA